CCAAGCAGAAAUGCACUCCGUAGGUUUGCCGUGCAUGCUGGCAAGGGGCAGAGAUGGAGAUGGCAUGCAGUGGUCCCUGUGCCUUGGCAGUCAUCCUGGGCUCAGGCCAAGAGUAAGAAGCAAUAAACACCAACCCCAGCCCUCCUGGAUACCAGGCAACUUUACAGGAGGAUGCUCCAUCAGGCUGAAUAUGGCUCAUUCAAGAACUAACUCUCUCCUCAUCUUCUACCUCAGUUUCUUGCUGCUCAUCCACUUAAAAAGGUCCCUUUGCGUAAAAGAUGGUCCAAGGUGCCUCUCAAACUCUUGCCCAAAGGACUCUCCUGAAUGCAGCACUGCUACUGCAAAGGGCAGUCGGUGCCACUGUCUGGACUUGCCAGAGGACACUUCAGAAGGAGGCUGUGCGGAAGCCGAUGAUCCCUGCUCCUCCAGCCCUUGUCUUCACAAUGCUACCUGUUUAAGUGCUGCAGGAAACCUCAGCUUUACUUGUGACUGCCCUGCAGGAUACAGCGGAACUACCUGUGAAAUGGCUGCCAGCGGGUGUGAUGCACAUUUCUGUCGGCAUGGCGGCACUUGCCGGGAUGAGCCUAAUGGCCUUGCCUGCCUCUGCCCUGAAGGGUACAUGGGUACACACUGUGAAACUGACAUUGAUGAAUGCCUUUCCAGCCCUUGCCUCAAUGGAGCGGUGUGCAGAGACAAGGUCAGCGGUUAUGCCUGCUACUGUGUGCCAGGCUACCAAGGAAAACACUGUGACCUGGAAGUGAAUGAAUGUGUUUCGGAUCCUUGCCUCAACGGUGCAACGUGCCUGAACAUGAUAGGGCAGUACGACUGCAUUUGCCCUCCCGAGUACUCAGGCAUCAACUGUGAAUUGGAAACCGAUGAGUGUUUGUCGCAGCCUUGCCUAAAUGGUGGAACCUGCCAUGAUACUCUGGGUGGCUAUUAUUGCUCCUGUCUACUUGGCUUCUUCGGUGAUCUCUGUGCAGUCAAUAUUGAUGAAUGUGCAAGUCAACCGUGCCUCAAUGGACAAUGUAUGGAUGACAUCAAUGGAUGUCAUAUCCUGGUUGCCCAUGAGGCCAGGCCAGGGAAUCUCAGAGAGGUCCAACGAUAUAGCUGCAACUGCUCUGAUAGUGGAUACAUGGGCCUGCACUGUGAAAUGUUAAUUCCUUUCUGCUGGUCGCACCCAUGUCAUAACAAUGCUACCUGUGAGGACACAGCAGAGAGUUUUAUAUGCCACUGUUGGCCAGGCUAUACAGGGUCUCACUGUGAAACUGACAUCAGUGAGUGUAGCAGUAAUCCAUGCCUCCAUGGGAGUGAGUGUGUGGAACUAUCUUGGUCCAGGUGGUAUGGAAGAAUUCCACAGCUGCCCUUGGAGUUCAGCUACCAUAGAGCAUCGGGUUAUGUGUGCAGCUGUCCUCCUGGAUUCACAGGCAUUCACUGUCAAGAAGACAUCAAUGAGUGUCAUAUGAACCCUUGCCAAAAUGGAGGGACCUGUGAGAAUUAUCUUGGAAAUUAUACCUGCCAUUGCCCACUUGGAGAGAAGAAUGGGAUAUUUUAUGGUGGCUGGAACUGUACAGAAGUUCUCCUCGGUUGCAUUCAACAUAAAUGCCAAAAUGAAGGAUUGUGUAUUCCUCACUUAACAAAUGGACAACACAGGUUUAGCUGCAUAUGUUCAUCUGGAUAUACCGGAGUGCACUGUGAAACAAUUACCACAUUGUCUUUUCAGGGAAAUGAGUUCCUUCAGGUUAACAGUGUCACAGCUCUCACACAGGACUGUUUCUAUAACAUAAACCUUAGUUUUCUGACUGUUCAACCGACAGCAUUUAUAUUUUACCGAGGGGACAAGGACACAUUUGUGAAGUUGGAGUUACUGAACGGAUACUUACACUUAUCCAUGCAAGUCAAUAAUCAGUCAAAGGCCUUUUUGAAUAUAGCACAUAAUGUCAGUGAUGGCGAAUGGCAUUCAGUGGAGGUAACCAUAGCAAGAGCUGUUACCCUUAAGCUACUUGACAGCUCUUGUAUUGAUUCAUGUCUCAGUAAAACUACUGCCACUGUAAAUAGCAGUCAGCCAAUGGUUGCUUUUCAGAGCACAUUUUUGGGUGGUUUGCCAAUGGGGAACAGGAGCAGUGACUCUCUACUUAACAUCUAUAAUAUGCAUUCUGCACCUUCAUUUGUAGGCUGUCUUCAGGACAUUGAAAUAGACUUGAACAUUAUUACCCCAGAGAACAUGUCAUCUGACUCAUCUUUCAAUGUCAAAACAGGCUGCACUAAAAAGGAUUGGUGUGACCAGCACCCUUGUCAAAACAAGGGGCGCUGCAUCAACUUAUGGCUGAGUUAUCAGUGUGAUUGCUACAGGCCUUACACUGGGCCAAACUGUGCAAAAGAAUACAUUCCAGGAAGAUUUGGACAUGAGGAAUCUGUGGGAUAUGCUGCUUUUCCUCUGGAGGGUAGUAGCCAUGAAAGUGUUACUGUAUCAAUGUUUGUCCGAACACGCAAACCUUCUGGCUUGUUAUUUUUUCUGGAAAAAAGUGCAUCCCUAUAUCUAAAGGUCCAGUUGGAAAAUGGGAAACUCAUGAUGUCAGAUCAAAAUUCCAACAAAAUCCUAGGAACACAGACUGUGAAUGAUGGAAAUUUCUAUUUAAUAUCUGUAAAAACAGAUGCAAACAAGACUGAAUUAUUCCAGUCAUCUCAAAAUCUGGGUUACAUUUCUACUCCAGCAAUAAACAUCCAGAGUGGGGAUAUUCUCUAUAUUGGAGGAUUACCAGAUGAACAAGAAACCAAUGUAAAUGGUGGAUAUUUCAAAGGCUGUAUCCAAGAUUUAAGACUGAGCAACCAACCACUGGAAUUCUUCCCUGUCACUCCUUCAUCGAAUUCUGUCAUCAGCAACAGAACGCUGAUCAACAUCGCCCCAGGCUGCACUGGAGACAACCUCUGCAAGUCCUACCCCUGCCAAAAUGACGGUGUUUGCUAUUCGAUCUGGGAUGACUUCACUUGCAGCUGUCCACCAAAUACAGCUGGGAAAGCUUGUGAGGAAGUGAAAUGGUGCGAACUGAGUCCAUGCCCCCAUGGAACCCAAUGCCAGGUGGUACAUCAAGGAUUUGAAUGUAUUGCCAAUGCAAUAUUUAGUGGCAGAAGCAGCGCGAUAUUUUAUAGAAGCAAUGGGCAGAUCAAGAGAGAUCUCACCGAUAUAGCCUUUGGCUUUCGGACCAGAGAUUCAGAUGUGAUCCUGCUUUAUGCAGAGAAGGAGCCAGAGUUCAUCACCGUCAGCAUCCAAAAUACCAAGUUAGUGCUUCAGCUGCAAAGUGGCAACAGCUUCUACACACUGAACCUGUCUAGCUCCCAGCCAGUGAAUGAUGGGAAGUGGCACCAGGUGAGCCUCUCUAUGACUGAGCCGUUGUCUCAGUCUUCACGGUGGCACAUUGAUAUAGACGAUGAGAAAGACAGCGUAACAAGUAUGGUUGCCACAGGAAACCUCAACUUCCUGAGAGAAGACACAGAUAUCUAUUUGGCUGACAAAGCUUUUGACAACCUGGAUGGACUAAAAGGGUGCAUGAGCACUGUUGAAAUCAGUGGCAUCCAUCUCUCCUAUUUUGAAAACACAGAUGUCCAUACUAAGAAACCACAAGAAGAGCAAUUCCUCAAGAUCUCUGCCAAUCCCGUUGUCACUGGCUGCCCUCAGUUGGAUGCCUGCAGCCCAAACCCUUGCAUGCAUGAGGGCAUGUGUGAAGACUCCUACCAUUAUUACAGUUGCACAUGUAGCGAGGGAUGGACCGGAACCCACUGUGAAACCAAUGUUGAUGAAUGUGCAUCCAGCCCUUGCGUGCAUGGAAACUGCAGUGAUGGAAUUGCAUCAUACAAAUGUUUAUGUGAUCCUGGAUACACAGGAGCGAAGUGCGAAGAAGACAUAGAUGACUGCCUUGGCCAUCUGUGUGCAAAUGGGGCCACCUGUAUAGAUGGAGUUAAUGGCUAUUCCUGCCUAUGCCCUGGCAAUUUCACCGGAAGGUUUUGCAGACAUAUAAGACUACCAUCAACCAUCUGUGGGAAUGAGAAAAGAAAUCUUACCUGCUACAACUACGGCAACUGUACUGAGUUACAGGGACACCUAGAAUGUAUGUGCCUGCCAGGCUUUACAGGACAGCGAUGUGAAGUGGACAUUAAUGAGUGCAACUCCGAUCCCUGCCUCAAUGGGGGCCUCUGUCAAAACCAGCUCAACAAAUUCCAUUGCAUCUGUGACGUGAACUAUGCCGGUGACCGCUGCGAGAUAGAUUUGACAACUGACCUGGCCUCCAAUAUAUUCACCGCCAUUGGUUCAGUAACACUGGCCCUGUUACUGAUCUUCCUUCUGGCAGGCGCAGUUUCUGUUGUCACUGCCAACAAACGGGCUACCCAAGGGACCUACAGCCCCAGCCGUCAGGAGAAAGAAGGAUCCCGUGUCGAGAUGUGGGACAUAGUACAGCCUCCUCCAAUGGAAAGACUGAUCUAGCAAAACCCAUUGCUGAAUCUCUUCUUUUGAAACAGCCAGUGAGAUUAGCUGUUGUGGGUACCAGCGAAUGAUCUCUCUAUAGACCAGGAUGACUUCUGCCAUUUAACACUGGCCGGUAACCCAAGCACCAUGCAUCAUGUUCCAUAUGGGCAUGGAGGCUUUUCAGUUUCUUUCUUCCUGCAAUAGCUUUCUGCAUCUCCUGAAGGUCAGAGGACCAUCUGAAACAGCAUCACAGGAGAUGUGAGGGGUUGCUGCUAGGAGGGGAAAAAUCAAAAAUUCCUCCCCUCCCUGUGUGUGAAGUUGUGCACAAACUUGCCUGGAUCCCAUGACUGAUAUGAACUUCUUGCUUCCUGGAAAACCUGCCAGAGAACUCCUAUUUAUUGCACUUGAAAUUUUAGCUUUAGGAUAAUCAACUGUAGACCAAUAAGACUGCAAAGACUCCUGGGCUAUGUGUUAAGUGCCUGUGUUUCAGAUACAAGUGAAGCUACAACUUUGGUUGCACAUUCCCCUUUCUACUGCUUAGUGGUCCUCACCAUUGCAGGAGACAAUAUGAAAGAGUCGCAUCAGCCUAUAUAAUCUGUCUGCCAAUCAGUCACCACUGCGUGUCACAAGGGGUUUUAGAAACAGAGCUCUUUCUCUGAAGCACAUCUACUUUAAUUCUUUAAUCAGGGAUUACAUUACUACUGUGGGGGGGGGUGUCUUCAUGCAGCAAAAUAAACAUUUCAAACAGCCAAUCCUC